GUGGUGACCAGGGUCAUACUUCCCCUUUUCUCAAUCUCAGAUCUCUUUUAUCUUCACUUUCCCGGAAAAAAUUUCACAUUUCCUCGAGAAAAUCCAGAUGGGUAAGGCGGGGCUGCUUGAUCUGGAGAAUCAUUUUGUGUUUCACGGAACCUAUCACAAGAACCCAAUUAACGUUUUGAUGCAUACCUUGUUUGUUUGGCCGAUAAUCUUCUCUACUCUUGUUGUUCUUAACUUCGUACCUCCUCUUUUUAGUAUCUCGCAUACCGGGUUCAUCCCAUCAGGGUUUCUUGAUCAAGGCUUGGUAUUGAAUUUGGGUUUCUUCUUGACUAUAAUCCACGCCUUGACUUUUAUUUGUUUGGAUAAGAAAGCCGGGUCUUUAGCUGCUUUGCUCUUUCUUGCUUGUUGGGUUGGUGCCAGUUCUCUUGCGGCGAGACUUGGGUUCUCUCUGGCUUGGAAGGUUGUUCUGCCUGCACAGUUGUUCUGUGGGACUGGACUGUUUCUAGGCCAUGGAGUAUUUGAGAAACGGGUUUCCACUCGUUUGGACAACUUUAUUCAAGCCCUUGUGAUGGAACCUUUCUUUGUAGUGCUGGAGGUCCUGCAAACAUGUUGCGGCUAUGAACCGUAUCCGGGGUUCCAUGCAAGUGUAAAAGCAAGAAUUGAAGCUGAACUCAAGGAAUUUGAGGAUAGAAAACAGAAGAAGAUUUCUUAGAUGAAAUGAUCAACUUGAGCAAGCUCAUUGUGUAACAAUUCAA